AUGCGUUCAGUCCGCUUAUAUAAGUUAGUGGACACACGAUGGGUGAUGGGAGAACCCUUGAAAUUCACAUCAGUUCCAAUUAGUUGUGGCUACAUGGGUAGUGAGCAUGCAACUCCUACAAAUUGUCGUACCAAAAGAGGCAGGGAGCCAGUAACUGUAUAUGGACAGCAGAAGCUGCACAUGUCUAUAAAUAAUAACGUUUGUCAAGAUGAACCUGGUGGGCUAAUUGGAAGCAUUUUGAACCCAAAUCCUGUAUCAACUGGAUUGAGACUUUCAUACGAGGAAGAUGAACGCAACUCUUCUGUUACUUCUGCUGGUGAAAACCUGAAAGCUGCUCUUCCUGGUAUGUUGUCCCUCAGCAAUGGUGUUGGAGUUGAUGUUGAUUUGCCAAAAGCUGAAUUUGACAAUUAUAUCAGAGUUCAGGAAGAAAACAUCACAAAGGGUUUAAGGGAUCUGAAUCAGAGACACACAGCUUCUUUAUUAAAUGCUUUAGAAAAUGGAGUCAGCAGGAAAUUAUGCGAGAAAGAGCUUGAAAUUGAGAACAUGAACCACAAGAACAAGGAACUUGGGGAGAAAAUAAAGAAGGUUGCAAUGGAUGCUCAGUCCUGGCACUACAGAGCCAAGUACAAUGAGUCAUUAGUCAUUGCCCUUAAGGGCAAUCUUCAGCAGGUCAUUGCACAAGGUGCUGUACACGCGAGGGAAGGUUGGGGGGACAGUGAGUUAGAUGAUGCUGCCUCUUACACUAACCAUCAGGGCUUUGCGGGUGGUUCUGGAAAUGUAGUUUCCACAAAAAGACAGCUGAACUGCAAAGCUUGCAAGGUUAAAGAAGUCUCCUUCUUGUUAUUUCCAUGUCGACACUUGUGUCUGUGCAAGGAAUGUGAAGGGUUUAUUGAUGUUUGCCCCGUGUGCCAGGCAAUGAAGACUGCAAGUGUGCAAGUAUACAUGUCGUAA